AUUUUGUCUCCUAUCGGUGCAUAACUUUCACCAAGCUUUUUUGUGUCAAAACAGAAUUGUGAGUGAAUUUUAAUUUUGUUUACGAGAUGAUGAACCAAGUUCUGUGCUGAAACAAGUGAGAUUCUUAACGUAAUUCUCAGAUGAUCUGAACUUAAAGGAUUUCAUAGCCACAAGCGAUGAACCCACCCCUUGUAUACAUUCCGGACGGAAACCCGUCGUCAACCCAGAUUAACCUUCCAGAUGGCCCGGUGCUGGUCGAAGCAGUCGACCCGCCGUACUGUGCCCUCUGCCUGCGCGAACGCCCACCGGGUGGCCAGUUCUACCAUUACAGCAGUGCAGGCGCCAACGCAGUGGAGUUCCAACAAACGAUGCAGAGCGUUGCCGGCGUUGAGUUGAACGUGGAGGACGACUUUGAUAUCUGCACGCCCUGCUGGAAGAUGAUCCAGCUGAUGGUGGACUUUAGACUGUGCUGCUGCAAGGCCCAGGACUGGAUUGGGCGGGGGCAUGGAGGUCGAGGGAUAAAGGCCAGCGAUGAAUGGUUCUACGAAGAGACUGGUCUGAUUAUCGAGAAUUUGCGGUCGAGCAUUCGGGAUCAUGUGCUGGUGAUUGAGGGGGAGGAACUUAGUGGUGAGGAUCAGAUGCAAGCGGAGACGAUUUCGGAGGAGGAAGAUGAAUCGCUGGUUGAUCAAGUUGAUGUUAGCGAAGGGUUGAUUACGCAGAUAUCUGUUGGAGACUUCAAGAUCGAGGUGUUUGACGAUGUUGAUCAGGAAGUAGUGGAAUCAACUGCAAGUCUUGUGGACAUAAAUAGAUGCGAGACAUGCAAUCGUUGUUUCGCCAGCAAACAAGACUUGGAUGUUCACAGUCAGAUUUGCAAGCCUCAAUCAGAGACAAACAAUGGACAAUCAAAUGCGGGACAAUGGCAGAUUUGUUCGUUGUGUAACGCUAAGCUAGCCAACAAGCGAACCCUCAGGAGUCACAUGAACAGUGUUCACGGAGAGAAAAAGCACCACUGCGAGUACUGUGGAAGCAAAUUUGCGCGGGCAUAUGACCUGAAGAAACAUUGCCGAUCGCUGCAUUCUGCAGAGCUUGCGAACAAUCCGAACACGGAUAACCAAGAUAAAGCUACAACGCCAUCAUACGAUCCUAACCCAACGGCCAACGAAUCGGACAAGCAAAUCUACAAUUGCAACAUUUGUGCAAAACCAUUCACAAAACUUUACAAGCUCGUGCGCCAUUACCGGAUAGCGCACGCUACGGAUCAAGAAGCCGGAUCAUCUCCUGCACCUCCUCCUCCUCCUCCCCCACGGAAAAAGAGUAACGAGGAAGGUAGCCCCAAACCAACGCACCAGUGCUUUACCUGCCACAAGCGCUUUGCAAAGUACUCCACGCUGAAGCAGCACGUGCAGCAGUGGCACGCGCAUCUACUGGUGGGGAACGCGGCCGACGGAAUUUUGUAGAAUAUAGAGUGAUGUGCCAUAAAUGUAUGAAAUAUAUACUACUGAAUGCUUA